AAGGGCGGGGGCGGGGGGCGCAUGCCCACGCGUGACCUUCCCCCGCACUGCGCACGCGCCCAGCCCCCCCCGUCAUGGGGGAGGGGCUCUGCUGGCUCCAGGCGAGUGCGGGGGAGGGGCGUGGGACGACCAGGAGCCGGGAGCCGCCGCGCGUGGGCCGAAGUUGGGGCAGCUUCUCCCUGCACCUGCGGCUCGGCUGGGCCUGGAGAGAACCCUCGCGGGGGGUCCUCGCCGUGCGGGCCAGGGGCUCCCUGUGCCCCAGCAGCCCCGGGGGUGCCCAGGCCCCAGCCGUCCGUCCGUUCGGGUCUCGGCUAGGCGCCCGCAGCGCGGGGUCCUGGAGCAUGGGGUCCCCUCCCCCCCAGACCCCGGGCGGGCCCCUCCAUCUGUGGCUGCUGUUUCUGUCCAGUGCCCCUGAGGCGCUCCGCUGCGGGGUCCACAGACAGCCCGGCGAUGAGCGAGCGGAGCGGCCGGAGGCGGACGAGUGAGGACGCGGGGCCGCGGUGGGGGGCGGCCCCGGCGGGGCCUGCGGCCGCCUGGCGCAUGACCGCGGGCCUCUCCUGUCCAGUGAAGAAGGACGAUGAGGGCUUCGAGGUCUCCGUCCCCUUCGAGGAGGCGCCCCCGCUGGACUCGCAGCUCUUCUACAGCCUGAACUCCUCGCAGGCGGGCUUCGAGGAGCCCGCGGAGGCCGCGUCGCCCACCCUGGCCCUGAUGAACAGCGUCAAGGCGCAGCUGCACCUGGCCCUGGAGAGGAACUCGUGGCUGCAGAAGCGCAUCGAGGACCUGGAGGAGGAGCGGGACUUCCUGCGCUGCCAGCUGGACAAGUUCAUCUCCUCUGCGCGCGUGGACGCAGAGGACCACUGCCGGGCGAAGCCGGGGCCCCGGCGGGCGGAGGGGGACAGCCGCGGCGGCGCGGGGGGCGAGGCCUCGGACCUGGAGUCGGCCGCCUCGUCGCUCAGCGCCGCGUCCGAGGAAGGCAGCGCCGGCGAGAGGAAGAGGCAGAGGCCGCGGGCAGGCGCCGGCCGGAGGCGCUUCGGGAAGCCCAAGGCCCGGGAGCGGCAGCGCGUGAAGGACGCCGACGGCGUGCUGUGCCGCUACAAGAAGAUCCUGGGCACCUUCCAGAAGCUCAAGAGCAUGUCGCGGGCCUUCGAGCACCACCGCGUGGACCGCAACACCGUGGCGCUGACCACGCCCAUCGCCGAGCUGCUCAUCGUGGCCCCCGAGAAGCUGGCCGAGGUGGGCGAGUUCGACCCCUCCAAGGAGCGCCUGCUCGAGUACUCGCGCCGCUGCUUCCUGGCGCUGGACGACGAGACGCUCAAGAAGGUGCAGGCGCUCAAGAAGAGCAAGCUGCUGCUGCCCAUCACCUACCGCUUCAAGCGGUGACCCGCGCUCGCUCGCGCGGAUCCCACGAGAGACGUGACGCUCGGGCAGGCGGCCCCGGAAUCUAAGUUAAAAAAGUAAAAAUAAAACAGAGACGUGGCGCUUUGGCGCAGACUGGG